AUGUCGACUGGACUAAGACAGCGCGCGAAUUCGAACUCGAUCAAAAGCAAUUCGGUUCGAACCACAGACGUUAAACUCAAACCCCCAACGCCGGGUCAAGAUGAAUUCGCAUUCGAGCCCUGUGCGGCAACCGGCUCCUUCCUGCUCUAUGCGCAACGGAAUGUGAUCCUAUGCCUCCACCACGACACUUUGGCAGUAGAGAGACGCUUUGACAGGCACCGGGAAGAUGUGUCGUGGAUAUCAGUCGACACAACAAGCGAACGAGGAGCAGGUCGGUUGGUCGUCUCCUACGACGCCGGCUCGACUGCAAUCGUUUGGGAUCUGUUCACCGGCGACGAGGUGGCGAGGUUUGCGUCGUACGAGCAAAUUAGAGUUGCGACGUGGAUGAGGAACGGGAAUGUUGCUUUUGGAAAUGCGCAGGGCAACAUCAUCCUGUUCGAGCCUUCCACCUCUGAACACCUGUCCGCGAGAACCAUCUUCGACCCCAUCACAGCAUUAGCACCAGCUUCAGACUGCAGAACAUUUGCCAUUGGAUACCUCAAUGGCUCCAUUCUAAUUGCCACCCUGCAGCCAUCCUUCACCAUCCUGCACACCCUCACCACCCCGCGUAACCCAUCGCCUAUCGCAGGUCUAGCCUGGCAUGGCUCUUCAUCCAAGCAAAAGUCGGAGAUGUUGGCCGCCCAAACAUCAGACGGUGACCUCCGGGUAUGGAGCGUGCCAAAGGCCCAGCAUGGCAGCGAUGCCCCUUGCGUGAUUCGUGUUCUUAACCAAAAGGAACAGAGAGAACCCGGCCCCUGUUGGUUUGCAUGGUCUAAGAAUGGUAGAAUCGUACAGUACACCGAAGGUCAAACCUGCGCGUGGGAUGUCCGCACCAAGAGAGUGUCCUAUGAAACCGUGCCGACAACUGAUGGCAUCGCUGCCAUCUGCAAUUACGGCCCUACUGCCACCCUCUUCACCAUUGGACGUAAUUCCAGUAUCCAACAAUACGAUAUUAACCCCAGCAACGGUCCCGCCACAAUGGUAGCUAACGUUCAGCAUGCACCCGCCAACACACCCCCAUCACCACCCAGCUCUCUCGACGAACAGAAGCAGCAAAUGGAGACACCGCUGACUGCUCUCCCAUCAAAGUCCAAGACAAUCCCGUUGAUGCUUGCCGAAUCAGAAAGCAGUGCCGAUGAAGGUGUUGCCAUGUCGCCGCUUCAGAAGAUCGCCAUGGAGAUGGACCAGCUCGAAGAGGAACGCCGCGAUCGCGUUGGGCCCCUCAGCCCCGUGUCAAGUCGAGGCUCUCAAAGCUCCCGAUCAUCUGGCAGUGGUCGCGCUCCACGCUACCGAUAUGACAGGCCGUCGCACGGUUCGGCGUCACAGCGGUCGACUAAAUCGAAGAGAUCAGAAAGCUCAGGUGGCUCUGGUACCAUCUUCUCGUCCGGAACAUCUUCUAUGGCCGGCACUUCAACGCGGGAGAGCGUUUCCAUCCGAUCAAUCUCAUCAGCUGCAUCCUCGUCUCGGUACGGCUCUUCAGCUCUGCGGAAGGAAGUCCUUAGAAGUCCCGACGAAUCCAAGAAGAAUCAGCACAUGGAUCUCUUUCCUUUCACUAAAACAAGGCUUAGUGACGUACCCUUCCGCCCUACAGAUCUUGGACCAGAACGUACCCCGGACGAUCUUCGACUGAACAUGCUCAAGGUUGUGUUCGGGUGGGAACAAGACAUUGAGGAUUUGGUUCAGGACGAAUUGGCACGUCAUCCUCCCGGGUCAGCCGCUGCCGUACUUUUGUCAAAGUGGCUCGGCGAUCUUGGUGCUGACCUCAUGGCUUCUAUGGUUGGAUCUGAGUCAAUGACUUCCUCAGACUGGAUGUUGCUGGCUUUGAGCAACAUGGGACAUGGUUCACAAAAGAAGGUCGGUGAGGCCUUCGUGCAGCGUCUUCUGGAGAAGGGCGACAUCCAUCCUGCCGUCGCAAUCUUCCUCGGACUUGGUGAACACAAUGACGCUAUCGAGGUCUACGUGUCUCGCAAAUACUACAUGGAGGCCAUUCUACUGACCUGCUUGACAUUUCCAACUGACUGGCAAAGACAAUCCUUCCUGGUCAGGAAAUGGGGAGAGCAUGCUGUAUCACACGGCAAGGCAGAAUUGGCAGUGCGGUGUUUCUCGUGUAUGGGUCUCGAAACUACUGAGCCUUGGUUCUCGCCACGUGCGCAAGAUGCAGUUUUCUCUGCGCAGAAGCAGGCACUCCUUGGCUCCCAGAUGAGUCCGCCAUUGUCGCCCCCUAGUGGCAGUGUUGGCAGCAGCCGAGUAGCGGCUAGGAUGGCCUCGCUCAAGCUCGUCACUGACUUCACUCGCGGUCCCCAGCCUAAACAAAUUGUCCGAGAAGAAGACGAGAAGACACCCAUGAACGCGGGUGUCACGCCUAUCGCUGAGUCAGCUAUCAGUCCUGCUGUAGGCCAUCACGGCUGGCUUGGCCGUGCUGCCCGCGAUCCCUCCCGAGAGCCUUCUUCGGCACGAACUGCGACACCAGGUUCAUACGGUAGAAAACGUUUCCCUUCGCGAUCUGAUACUGGCCGCAAAGCUACGAACAACGAAGUCCUCGCAUCAUUGGCCAUCCCGGACCGAGGCCACCGUGGUGAGUCGCAUCCGAGAACCGCUGUUGACAACAUCGGCCGUGAAGCCGAGACGUUGCCAUUCUCAACGCGCCGAGCAACAAGUGGCUCCAAAGAUUUUGUUCUCUCUGCAACAACGUUCAAUCCAGGGCAAUCCAGCGAUCAUCUACCUUCACCAGCAGUAGGGGUGUUCGAUGCACUCAAGGAGAAACAUAGCGAGUCUCGUGGCAGCUCUCGAAGUCGGAACAUUCAAGAGCUCCAUCUGGACAUGACAGACAAUGUAGUCGAAGUCGGCCCGGAAACAGGAUAUACCAACAGACUUAGCCCACCUCUGACCGGAACAAGCAUUAAGAGUGCUAAGGCGCGCAGCAUCGACCAAUACAUCAGCAGCCUAGACGAAGCUAAUCACUAUGCGCAAAACCGCUCUAACUCGCGAAAUGAGGAAAGGCCUGCUUCACGCACAGCGCGCACUCGCAGUCGCAACCGCGAAGAAUCGCAGAACCGUGGACGGUCAGGUAUCCGCUACAUCCGCCCUGCAAAGCGUUCUCCUUCCUCGCCUGUCCCAAUGUCUCCAGAGGAUGCGGGGAUCUAUUCUGUGAACAAGAAGGAAGCAGGGACUAGCACGGAAGAUUUCGAUGAUGAGAGGUUCUAUAAGAUGAGCGUUGCUUCUCCAGUUGUUACAGAGUCUGUCGCCAGCACCCGCACCACUCGCAGCCGAGCAAGACAAGGAGAACCACGCGUGCUCGAAGCAAAGGCACUAGCCGCGCAUCAAGUCGUCGCCCAGCUGAAGGUCGCGGACGAAGCGCUGUUCGGGGCGAGAACUCUCCUGUAUCUCCUCAACCCAUGCAACGCGACGACAAUGAGGGAUUUGUCGACUAUGAACCUGUUCGCCCACGGCAUCGCAGCGGCAGCCGCAGACCUUCAGGAAGCGGUGCAGACAGUCGCCGAGAAGCCUCCCCAGAGCGCCGUGCGCCACGAGACCGAUCAAUGA